AUGAUCUCCGUUAUUCAAGAACUACACGGCAAAGGCAGUGCGCACGGCGACAUCAAGCCCGCAAACAUGCUCAUCUGCUCUGAUGGCCAGAUUCGACUUUGCGAUUUCACGGAAGUGAGACCACGCGAUGAAGUUUUCGGUGAUGGAGAAGGGAUGACGACCUUAAUUAUCUUUCUCAAAUGCCAGAAUAUGGACUACGCCAGUGAGUGGGACCCAGCGCCAGUGGAAGAGGAUGAUCUGUUUGCGCUUGGGUUGGGCAUUUGGCAGUUGCGGAAAGGGGAUGUGCCGUUUGGUGAUGUAUAUAUGGAUGAUAUUUAA